UUCAACAAAACCUCCGAUGGGAUAACAAUUAGUCAACGUUUUGUGUUCUGCAUUUCCUCAACCAUGAUAGAAAAUUUGUCAAAAAAACGCAUGGUAUUUGGAAUUAGUUGCCUCAUACUACUAACCAUUGUUGUACUGAUCAUCGAAUCGAAAUGGAUGAAAGCGGGCUCUCGUCGGCAGGAGUUUGUGAUCGAGAAUAAUUCAACUUGCUGGAUGCGUGAAACCUACGAAGUGAUCCACGAUUGCCACCCGUGCACGGCGUUUGAGAUAGCGAGCAAAUCGCAGGGCGUUUGUGUUCAUACGCACAACAAGGAGGUGCUAAAGUGCAUCAGCGGAGAAAUCGUAACUCGCAGCUGUGAUCGAGUCGCAUGGCUGGAUGAGCGACAUUAUUGGUCGUUCCAAAUUUCACUCACCAUCGUCGGUACGCUGUCGGCCGCCAUAUCCUUUUUGAGGCAAAAAACGCUCAACCGAAGGGCGAUGCAAAGAAUUCAACGCGAGCUGGGUGCCUAA